CUCAAAAGUUCCCCUUCUGGGGCUGGAAGCAGAUUUCUCUCUCCCGGCCCUUGUGGGGCUGCAGCCAUGGUGUGGGUUUCUCAUCUCCCAUUGCUGAUGGUGUUGCUGAUGGGACCCUCCGUGGUCCCUGGAACUGGAGGAGGGAAGAAGGCCCCACCAGCCCCCCAUUUCCUGUACCAAGGGAAGCUUGAGUGCCGCUUCAUCAACGGGACGCAGCAGGUGCGCUACCUCGAAAGGCACUUCUACGGGCGGCAGGAGUUCGUGCGCUUCGACAGCGCCCGCGGGGACUUCGAGGCCGUCACGCCGCUGGGGAAGCCCGACGCCCAGUACUUGAACAGCCAGAAGGAGAUUCUGCAGUACCAGCGGACCGGGGUGGAUACCUUCUGCCGCUACAACUACGGGGUGGCCGAGAUAGCGCACGUGGUGGGCAGGAAAGUUCAGCCCUCCGUCUCCAUCUCCCCCACCAAGGAAGACCCCCUGUCCCCCCACACCCUCCUGCUCUGCACUGCGGCCAGUUUCUAUCCCCUGGAGAUCGAGAUCCAGUGGCUGAAGAACGGGCAGGAGCAGAAGGAAGGGGUCUUUUACGGGGAGGAGCUCCGGAACGGGGACUGGACCUACCAGACCCAGGUGAUGCUGGAGACGAAGCCGGAGCACGGAGACGUCUACACCUGCCAAGUGGAGCACGCCAGCCUGGAGGCCCCCAUCACCAUCCAGUGGGAGCCACGGAAGUCGGACUCUGCCAGGAGCAAAGUGUGGACGGGGGCCGUGGGGGCCGUGCUGGGCGUGGUCUUUGUGGCCGUGGGACUCUCCCUCUACCGGAAGAAGAAGAAAGCAGCACCCAUCCAACCACCUGCAGCCCUCAUCCGCUAGACCUUCCUCCUCUGAGACCCAGCAAGGAAAGAAACUCUUUGCAUAGCUACGUCUUUCCUUGGAAGAUGCAAAACUGAAGGGGGUGAAAAAGAAGAGACUCCCCAGCCUGGACUUUCUCCUCCUGCUACGACGCCCCUGUUCCUGUUUCUCUUGAUUUCUUUCUGGUUUUUUCUCUUGGGGUGGGUGGGGCAUUCAUCCUGCCAAGUGCUGAGAAGAGCCUUCUCCUUCCCUGGAUUUCUGAUCAGGAGCAGAGAACUGGUCAGUCUCUUCCUCCCCUGGCAGGACUAUCACUCCGGGCUCCACUCUCUGAGUUAGUUCAUCCCUAACGGCAUCCUGAAUCCUUGAGACCCGCAAGCGGAUUCCGUUCUAAGCGGAUGGACUGAGAAGAAGAAACAUCUGUUGCCCGUUGCUUGAGUUGCAGGAAAUCACCAGGUUGAGCUGAAUUGCCCUGAAAACAAUCACACACACCCUUUUCAAGGAGGGGCCGUAGAUCUGUCCGGAUCCUCUGCUGAGGAUGCAGAAGGUCCCAGGUUGAACCUCCAGGAGAAGCUCCAGGCCGGGCCGGGCCAGGAGUUGGCGUUUUAGUGCCCCCAGGCGUCUUCAACUAUGAUUCGCAUAAUCCCUGCCCCUGGUGGCUGGGGCUUAUGGGAGUUGUAGUCCAUCACAUCUGGAGGGCACCACAUCCCCUCCUCCUGGUGCAGACAGUGGUGAACUAGACGGAUCAGGGCCUGACUCUGUGGAAGGCGGCUUUCUACGUGCUGUUGCAGCCUGCAGACCUCCCAGCGUGUUGAACUACAACUCCCAUCAUACACAGCCAGAACAGCCAUUGGGCAUGAUGGGACUUGUAGCACAGCACAUCUUGAAGGCACCCGGUUGCAAAAGGGUGUGUUUUUGUUUCCAAAAUUUUGAUAAUUGAUACCUUUUCACUUUGAUUAGGGAGGAAUGGUUUUCCGGUUUCGUAUUAGACACAAACAUUCAAAUAAAAAAUAAAUAAUUUUUUGUGUGUGAA